UUUAUGUAAUUUACCUGAAAAUUUAGUUUUGUAAGGUGUUGAAAUAAAAUGUUUUGUCAGAAACACCAGCAGCUUUGCUUCAACAUUUUGUUGACUACCGUACCUUUGAAAUAAUGUCCUUUCAGAUUGAGCUAGGUGGCGUCGGACAAGCUGACAAACAAUAACCCAAAUAUAGCAGACCUUAGUGAUGAGAAUAGAGCUUUUAGAGUAGGAGAAAAGUUGUCCGAGCUGUAUAGCAAUGAGUGGAGUGAUGCUUACGAGGAACUAACUGAAGGUGGCCGUAGAAGUGAUAUACAAGCUAUAAACAUUCUGCUUGAGAUACUGAAGAUCAUAUUCGGAGAAUGUAAAAGAAAAUCUAAAGAAGAAAUACAUGAUAUUGUAACGAAAAUAUUAGCAUGUACUGGACAUUCGGAGUUGAACAACGAGUUAACUGCAGCAAUGAAGCUCUUGAGAACAGAACGUAAAAGAAAUUUCAAAGCCACAAUGCCUUAUCUUUUGACGAUUUUGGAAAUAUUUGUACCUAAAGAGGAGGAAACAGUCAUAUUGCGAAAUUAUGUUCGAACCACAACAGAAACGUGCUGGCUAAUGUGUUUACACGAACCACCUUUAACAUUUAAAUAUUGUGAAGACAAUAAUAUAUUCAAUGAGGUUUAUUUUAACCCAUACACAAGAAGCGGUGACACCGUAGAGUUCCUUGUUUGGCCCGCUAUACUUCUCCACGAUGGUGGACCGCUUUUGCUCAAAGGUGUAGCGCAAGCAAAGGAUCCAAAACAAAAAGAACAGAAAGUACAGACAAAACAAACAAAUGAUAAUGCUAAUACUGACUCAAUUGUUAAUGAGAGAUCAUUCAAUUCUUAUUUCUCCAACGAAACUGAAUUGUCUAGAAGAGCAGAAGCUGCUGUAACAAGAAUUAACGAAGAUUUCGUGUCAAAUACAGAUACAAUCGAACCAGAACUAAAGGCAAGACGAACAAAGGAACAUUCUUCUAAACCACACAAUGAACCUUCACAAAGCUUUUUCCUGAACAUAAAUUGACUUACAUUGAAACAACUUAUGGAUUAAAAAAAUAAAAAAUACUGUUACAAUGAUUACAUACAGAACGAAAAAUUUAAAACACAAAUGUACAUAUUUUAACAACCGCCAGUAUUUUAUAUUGGAUGUGAUAUGUGAUGGUUGAUGAACUUGAUAUACAGAAAGGGAGUUAAGAUGAACGCCUAUUUAUUUAUUUAAAUAUACUCACAUAUUAUAUUCGCUUGUGUAAUUUGAAUGCUACUGAUUCUUUUAUACAUACAGUUGCUUCCUUAUGUUCACUUGCGUCAUGCUACUGAUUAAUUUAUAAUUUUAAUGACUACAUUAUGUUGCCUUGCUUAAUUUAAAUGGUACUGAUUUUUAAGCAAGUGCUAGUGGGGGCAUAGACAGUAGUUUGCACUUUCCAGUACUGUCAAUGAUCAGGCUCAAUCAAAUCGAGCCUGCAACAAUUUUCAUUAAUUUUGCCAUGUUGGGCUUUCUUUUGGGAUUCUGUUUUUCUGUAUUUUAAUACAAAAUGACUACCUUAUGAUCGCUGGUACUGAAUCUUUAAUACAUACAUUUGUUUAAAAUUAGACGUGACUGAACAACUUUUUACUGCUCUACACAGUGUGAAAGUAUUGUGCUGCUUGUCAAACAUUAUAAAGGUGUCUCAUAUACAUGUAUAUACAAAUGCAGAAAGCAAGUGUAUUGUUUUGUUUGAUAUUAAUAGAUUAAACUUUUGAAUUUA